GAAUAUCAACACAAAAAUGCCACCAAUCCGGAAGCAGCAAGCAGAGCCAGCCUCUAGAGCUAAUGUUCUUUACUUGUUGAUAGCUUUUCGCAUCUGCAAUGCUCUUUUCAUCCGCACCUUUNUUCAACCGGACGAAUAUUUUCAAUCUCUGGAACCAGCCUGGGACAUAGCUUUUGGACCUUCUAGUGGUGCAUGGAUAACUUGGCGUCUCAGGUCUUCGCUACACCCUUUCCUGUUUGCAGCAGUCUACCGCGUGGCAGCCUUAAUCGCUGAUUCUCUACAUCUGGAAGCAGCAACUCGAGCCGAGCUGCUGCUAGCAGCCCCCAAAUUACCUCAAGCGUGUUUCGCAGCAACCACUGACUACUUCAUCUGGAAGUUGGCGACAAAAGCAUACGGCAAAAACUCGAGAGCUUCUUCCGCUGCGUCCAUGGCAAUGGUUUUGCUCGACAAGGACACUUUCAAACUCUCUGGAGACCACAUUGACCACCAUUGUUCUAUGCCUUUGGCCUUUGCGCUUCGAAUGGCUCUGGCAUUGGCGGCUGUAGCCACAGUGCUGAGACCGACGAACGCGAUCAUCUGGAUUGUCAUGGCUGUAUAUACAGCAGCCCCAGGCAAAGACAUCAAUCUGACACGGGCACUCUGGACUCUCGCCGUGGAGUGCCUCGGUGUCUCGCUUGCCUCGGAUCGUCUCUACUAUGGUGAUUGGACCUUUCCGCCACUUCGCUUCAUCCAUUUCAACGUCGUACAGUCUCUCGCGGUAUUCUACGGCAGGAAUCGACCCGAUUACUACCUGACCGAGGGACUUCCGUUACUCUUGACUACGACACUGCCGUUUGCUGCAUGGGGGUGCUGGUCCGCUUUCACCAAUAACACGAGACACGAUUCAGACUGUCAGAAAGUCAUUCGACCUUUGGCAAUCUCGACCUUCGUUUUCGUGACGGUCAUGAGCUUGAUCGCUCAUAAGGAAGUCAGAUUUAUCUAUCCUCUUCUACCAGGACUCCUAGUGCUGGCAGCAGGUCCCUUUUCGCAAUUCUUCUCACCGCUGCUGCUACCAAGAACCGCUAUAAAGAAGAUACUUCUGUUCCUCUUUAUUACCGUCAAUGUGACACUGGCAUUCUACAUCAGUCAAGUCCAUCAGCGAGGUGUAAUUGAUGUGUUGCAUCAUCUCCGGCAACAACAUGAACUCAAUGCAUCCUCAAACACUACAGUCAUGUUUAUGAUGCCCUGUCACAGCACGCCCUGGAGAAGCCAUCUGAUACACCCCAGUAUUGACGCACGGGCACUAACAUGCGAACCACCACUUGAUGUCCCCAUCGAGGCGAGAGCUUCAUACAUGGAUGAAGCAGAUCAUUUCUACGCAGAUCCUCUUGUCUGGAUGCGCGAGCACAUGGAAAAUUUGGAAGCCUUAGAGAAGAGACAGCACAAUGUUGCAAUCGACAUUCAUCAAGACAAGGCACAGUGGCCAGAGUAUCUGGUCUUCUUUGAACAACUGGAACCUACCAUGACUGAGUUCUUGGCCAAGACUGCAUACAAACAGUGCUGGCAAGGCUUCAAUACGCACUGGCAUGAUGAUCGGAGGCGUCAGGGAGAUGUGGUGGUGUGGAGUUUGAGUGAAAGUGUA